AUUUUAUUUCUAAUCGGAGCUCCUAUCUUGCUUGUCCUCCAUUCUUUUUCAUCUACCUUUGAAUCUUUCAUACUUGUAUAUAAAGCUUUACUUCCUCCUCUGCUACUCCUUUUCUAUCAAUCAUCAAAACACAUUCAUUGUAUUAAACCCUAAACCCCGAGAACCUGAAAUACCACAAAUGAGACCUUUUGGCUUGAUCUUUACGGUCAUGUUCUUGGUCUCAGCCUUUUCAGAAUCAAGAACCGCCGAUUGUAGGGUUCUCCUUGGUGGCUCAUCGGAGGAAAUAGGUCCAUCAAAGAAUCAUGGGGUCGAUUUUCAACGUAAAGAGUUGUUAGGGGUCGUGAUGCGUGGUUAUAAAAGGUUACGGUCGCUUUCUUCAGCUGGGGAGAGGAUGCACACAAUGGCUUCAGGACCGAGCAGGAAAGGUUCUGGUCACUAAAAGACUAUUGAUCCACUUAGAUUAUUUCUAUACAUCAAUAUUUGUUUAGCUCAGGUUAUAGUAAAGGCUUUUCAUUUGUUAUAUUGUAUUUAUUCAGUCGUGAAAAAAACAAUGUAAAGUUUAGAAGGGAAAUUUUUUGAUCAUACAGUCGGUUUCCUUCUGAUAAACACCCAUAUAUACACGUCCCAAUAAAUUUAUGGUUUUGAAUUCA